AAGUUUGUCAAGUGCUCACGCGAUGACUUAUGUCAUUAGUCAUCCGAUAUGUAUCUGUAUUUAUCUAGAAAUACUUUAGCGAAAUACAAAGUUAUCGUUGCAAACAGCUAAUAUUACUGAUAAUCACUUUCACGUAACGCGUGAUAGCAAGCGUCGGCCGCACGCGCGAUGAGAACAAGAGGAAAAAUUUAGUGUGGAGUUGUAUUUCAAUGUUUACCUCAGCGAGUGUUUAUAUUAGUUAAAAUGGAUAAUAGCAGUGAUAAGAAAGACGAUACGAGUGCUCAGAAGAAAGAAGUGCUGUCGAGCUUACAGAAAAUAUGUUUAGUUUGUGGAGAUAAGGCAUUAGGUUAUAACUUUAACGCGAUCUCGUGCGAGAGUUGUAAGGCGUUCUUUAGGAGAAACGCCUUAGCGAGCAAAGAGUUCAAGUGUCCGUUUACGAACAACUGCGUGAUCACUGUGGUGACCAGACGGUUUUGUCAGAAAUGUCGACUAGAAAAGUGUCUGUCCAUAGGCAUGGUGAAAGAGUUCAUCAUGUCGGAAGAGGACAAAGCGGAAAAGAGACGGAAGAUAGAAGAAAACAGGGCAAGGAAACGUCAACGUGAUCCUGACGACGCCGUCACUAGCUCCAAGAAUGUCAAACGAGACGAGGAAGGUGACACCGGGGUGAUUCCUCUGCAGGACACAGUUAUACAGUAUGACACUUUGAGUACAACUUGUAGUCCGAGUAGCACAGUGCAGUCUCCGUUGUCCAAUGACCUUGAUGCCUCGUUACAAUCUCCUCAAUACAACUAUACCCCCUCAGCCCCUGUCACACCUGGUACCGAACAGCCAUAUCCUAUGAAGAUAUACCCCAUAGAUGAGAAGUCGGUGAUCAACAGAGCAAUAUAUGAACAAAGAAUGAUGGACUCCUACAUUUAUGAGAACGUUGACAGCAAUAUGUAUGGGGAAACUAAACAGAAUAGUAUAAGAUCACUGUUGACAAAUAGCGAGAAGACAGCGUACAGAGAGACGAGGCCUCAGCACGUGUGCGAGGAGAUCCCGUCUACGAGCACCAACCCUGAUGUCAACAAGGCCAGGGAUAUACUACAGGAUGUUGAGAGGAUAGAACCGAACUCGAUGGAGUCGAUCCUGUGCGAGGCCAUCAAGCUGGAGUUCGAGGCCUACACCUCCGUCAACCCCUGCAGUGGCUCCUCUAGAGAACUCAAUGAGGUGGAACGUGCCAAAUUAAACGAGCUAAUAGUAGCGAAUAAAGCGCUGAACGCUCCCAUAGACGAUGACGUCACGCAACUGGUGGGCGACACCGCUUCCACAGCCGGGUUCAAGGAGGGUGACGGCAAACACGAUCCCCGGUUAAUAACGAUAGUGAACCUUACUGCUAUUGCAAUAAGGCGGUUUAUCAAAAUGGCAAAGAAAAUCAACGCGUUCAAGAAUAUGUGUGAAGAAGAUCAGGUGGCGCUUCUCAAAGGCGGCUGCAUAGAGAUGAUGGUGCUCAGAAGUACCAUGACUUAUGACGGACAGAGAAACCAGUGGAAGCUACCUCACAGCCAAGAACAAUUCGGUUCGAUCCGCACGGACGUCCUGAAGCUAGCGAAAGGCAACAUCUACCGCUCACACGAAGCUUUCAUCGUGACGUUUGAACCAAAAUGGCGGACAGACGAGCAUGUCAUACUCAUCAUGUCGGCUAUACUGCUGUUCUCACCAGAUCGGCCUAAAGUCGUGCAUCCUGAUGUUAUUAAACUUGAACAGAAUUCCUACUACUACCUACUCCGGCGUUACCUCGAAAGCGUGUACCCAGGCUGCGAAGCCAAAUCCACCUUCCUCAAACUCAUCCAGAAGAUUCUAGAACUUCGCAAGCUAGCUGAAGAGGUGACCGGAGUCUACCUCGACGUGAACCCCAUUGAACCCUUGCUCAUGGAGAUCUUUGACCUUAAGCACCAUGCCGCAUGAGACACAGGGUAACACAACGUAUUUAUUUAGCACCUUCUGCCACGGAUUAGUUAUUAAUGGAGUGUUUACUGUGUGUAUUUAUUUUUAAUAUUUAAAUAAAUAAAUCUGCUCAUUAUGAGAUUAACAUUCCAUUGUUUACUAAUCCGUGUUUUUGUUUGUCUGUCACUUCGGCCUAAAUAGCUGUACCUAUACGGGAUAUUUAUAUUUGUUAAUAAGUCCAAACAGUCCGUUGGGAUUACUUUUUAUAUUCCAUUUGAUAAGUAUUUUAAAAUCGUUAUUCUUGUACUGAGUACAAAGUUAGUUGCAACAUAUCAUGAUGAAUUAAAUGCCAAAUUAGUUACAUUUGUGAUAAACUAACAAAUUCUAAGGCUAGGCUACAUGUCCGAUCUCUCGCAAUGUUUACAAGUGUAUAUAGUAUGUACGUCUGUGUAGUCAACGCCCAUUGUCUAACUUUAAGUACAAUAUAAGUGUGUGUUAGUCGUUUUUCACCUGUAGAGAAUUAUUAGGAAAGCUUGGGGAUCAUUUUACUGAAUAUAAAACAAACUAUUCGAGUCGCAAUGUGUGGAAAUUGUUAUUGGCAAGAAAGCACUGUAGCAAUAAUUAGCAUAAAAUUAACGUAUUCAAUUCGAUGGUACCUUUAGAAAAAAUUAUAUAAUAUACGCGGUCGAAUUGAGAACCUCCUUCUUUUUGGGAAGUUGGUUAAAAAUAUACGAAAAAGUCCAAUAUUGCUCUAAACAUACUUGUAAUUUGUUUGUUUUAUGAAAAUAGAUUUUAAUUGCAGUAAUCAUUUUAAAGUGAAGUGAAGCUCAAUUCUUAUCCAAGUAAAUAUCAAUAUAGUCUUGUGGGCCUAGCAUACUAUGUACUGCAUAAAUAUAGUAUGUAUUGCCAACUAGUUUCCUGUAACCGUUUCACCCUUCCUGAGUGACCUACUAUCUGGAUAAAAAGUAGCCUAUAUGUAAUUCUGAUAAAAGAGCUACUGCAUCAAAAUCAGUUCAUCCGUUCUAGCUAUGAGUGCUAGGCCCAAACAUUCUAAAACUGCACUUGUGUGAUAUCCACGAUCUCUCUAUCUCAUAGAAUCAGUUGCCAUACUAUGAAAAUACUAUAUUUUACUCCUUUAUUUAUUUUAUAGAAUCCUUUGUUUUAAAUAGAUUAUUAUCAUUGAAUAAUCAGCCUAGCCAAAUUGUUAGUGGCUAAAAUAUUUUAUUUGGUACGACUGUUGACUUCCGGUACUCGGUUUUAGACUCAGAAGACCUUAUUAUAGGGUUUAUUUUACCUUUUAUAUCCAAGGCUCUUGACGUAAAGUCGAAACAAGAGUUGCACAUUUGUAUAGCAAUUUGGCGUGAAAUCCAAACAAAAAUGAACAGUAUACUACACAAAUUCGUUAAAAUUUCAAAUUAUAUAUUUAUUUUGUUUUAAACUGUAAAUAUUUUAACUUUAACGUAUGUUUAUUGUUAAUUAAGAGAUGUUUAUUUUUAUAUUACCGUUUAGAUCAGGAUAUUGUAAGUGCAAUAAUGUAUUUUAUAAGAACGAAAUAUAUUAUAGUUUGUUAAUA